AUGGGCUUCGAAACGGUAUUAGGCCAAGCACCAUUCGAUAUUCACAGAAUCGCAAUCAUCGGCGCUGGCCCAAGCGGUCUUGCUGCGGCCAAGUAUUUGGUGGCCCAAAAAGCCUUUGAAAAGAUCGAUAUCUAUGAGCAGCAAUCAGAAGUUGGAGGCGUCUGGAAGUAUAGCGCAAAGCCGGCGGAGAACCGUCGUGUGCCCCAAGUGAACCCCGAAUGCCCGCCAGACCCCCCUUUGGAGCCUGGAGAUGGCAAUGACGAUAAGGGACCAGUUUUUCCCUCGCCCAUGUACAAACUACUACACACAAACAUUCCACGAGGUUUAAUGCCUUUUACGGACUUUCCUUUCUCAGAUGAUCUCCUCAUCUUCCCCUCUCGCGAUGACGUACAGGACUAUCUGGUUCAGUACUCCCAGGACUUAAGGCACCUCAUCAGUUUCUCUACCGAGGUCAAAGAUGUUCGUCUGAGAACAGAUGCCAAGGGAAAGGAUCAGUGGGACGUGGAUGUGUUAUCGCUACGAACGGGCGAGCUUACGACCGCAACGUAUGAUGCUGUUGUUGUCGCAUCUGGUCAUUAUUCUAUCAUUUAUAUCCCCGAUAUGAAGGGGAUAUCCGAGUUCAACAGCACACACCCCGAUAUAAUUUCUCACUCCAAAUACUACCGCACUCCCGAACCAUUCAGGAACAAAAAGGUCAUCGUGGUGGGCAACGCUGCCUCGGGCUUGGAUAUUGCCUCGCAAAUCAGCCAAGUCUCGCAACAACCAUUACUCUUAUCGGUGCGGACACCAACCCCAGAGGCCAACCUUGAAUGGACUGGGGCCGAGGAAGUCCCAGAAAUUGAAGAGUUUCUCGUGGCAGACAGAGCUGUCCGAUUCAAAGAGGGCAGGGUUGAGAAGGACAUUGAUGCCAUCGUCUUCGCAACGGGCUACCUCUACUCCUUCCCCUUUCUCACCUCACUACAACCACCGUUGGUGACGGAUGGGCGUCGAGUCAGGGGGCUCUAUAAGCAUCUCUUUCACAUUGAACACCCAACAUUGGUGUUCCCAGGACUGCCUAUAAAGGUGGUACCAUUCCCCGUCUCACAAAGCCAAGCAGCCACCUUCUCACGGGUGUGGGCGAACCUGCUGCCCUUACCAUCAGUGGAUGAUAUGAAACGUUGGGAAGACGAGGAAGCUGAAAAGAAAGGUUCCAAGUAUCACGUCUGGCCGGUGGGCGCGGAUUCAGAGUACAUCAACUCGGUCUAUGACUGGAUUACCGAAGCCGGCAUUCCAGGCAAGGAGCCACCUCGAUGGGACGAGGAGCAGUGCUGGCAGAGAACCAUCCACAUGAAGGCCAAAUUAAGGUUUGAACUGGAGGGUCGCAAGGCAAAGACUCUCAAAGAGCUCGGUUUUGACUAUGAGCCGGAGCAGAAAGAUGACUCGGGGCCGUUGUUGCUUUGA